AAGUUUUACUGAAGUAACUCUAUGAUUUGCUGCAGAAAGACAGUGAUGCUGUCAAAGAGGCACUUGAUCAGCUGAGUGAAGUUGGUUGGGCAAACAAAUGGAGUUCUCAACCAUAUGUAUCACGUCGUAUGGUCAGUGUCCAUAACAAGUGUGAAGUUCUGGGAAAGUGCUACUCAAACAUUAGCCACAUCUACAAAUCUAUGCAUAAAUGUACAUAAAUAAUACCUCUCUUCGGGAGCUGACAACUCUUGGAAUUAAAAACGCGGAGAACCUUGCAAUCCCAAGUGUUAGAAAUGAUGCAGCUUUUCUCUUUACGGUGGUAGGGACAACAGGUUUUUUGGGUGUUCUUGCCGGUCAGCUUCCUGGGGAUUGGGGCUUCUUUGUGCCAUACUUGAUUGGGAGCAUUUCUUUAGUAGUUUUGGCUGUGGGAAGCAUUUCACCUGGGCUUCUUCAAGCUGCCAUUGGUGGAUUUUCAUCACUUUUUCCUGAUUACCAGGAUAGGAUUGCUAGACAUGAAGCAGCUCAUUUCUUAGGUAAUUUCUCUUUGUUGGGCUUAAAAUACAAACUAUGGCUAGUAUUGCAUAAAAACAUUUGAAACUACAGUGGCAUAAUGGGGAGUAGCGCAAUGUA